AUCAUUAUACAGGGACUGAAACAUUUAAACCGAGCAGUACAUGAAGAUAUUGUAGCUGUGGAGCUGUUGACAAAAGAUGAAUGGGUGGCACCGUCCUCAGUUGUCUUGCAAGAUGAUGGCCAGAAUGAAGAUGACAUUGAGAAUGAAGAGGAGAAAGAAAACAUUCUGAAGUCUUCCGUUGAUAAGGACAUGCUGCGACCUACGGGAAAAAUAGUGGGCAUUAUAAAACGAAACUGGCGACCGUUUUGUGGCAUGCUUUCCAAAUCACAGAUCAAGGAGGCAAGGCGACAUUUGUUUACACCAGCUGAUCGCAGAAUUCCUCGCAUUCGAAUAGAAACAAGACAAGCAGAUACAUUGGAAGGACAAAGAAUAAUUGUUGCUAUUGAUGGUUGGCCCAGGAAUUCCAGGUAUCCUAAUGGUCAUUUUGUAAAGAACUUGGGAAGUGCUGGAGAUAAGGAGACUGAGACAGAAGUUCUUCUGCUUGAGCAUGAUGUCCCUCAUCAGGCUUUCUCCCAGAAUGUCCUCAGUUUCCUACCAAAAAUGCCAUGGAGCAUUACAGAACAGGAUAUGAAAUACAGGGAGGACUUAAGGCAUCUGCAUGUUUGUAGUGUUGAUCCUCCUGGAUGUACCGAUAUCGAUGAUGCAUUACAUUGUAGAGAAGUAGAAAAUGGAAAUAUAGAGGUUGGUGUACAUAUUGCAGACGUCAGUCAUUUUAUUCGCCCAGGAAAUGCUUUGGAUGAGGAGUCGGCAAAAAGAGGAACAACAGUAUAUCUGUGUGAAAAAAGGAUUGAUAUGGUUCCAGAGUUACUUAGUUCCAAUUUAUGCUCCCUGAGAUCUAAUGUGGACAGGCUUGCAUUUUCAUGUAUAUGGGAGAUGAACCAUAAGGCUGAAAUUCUAAAAACCAGAUUUACGAAGAGUAUUAUUAAUUCCAAGGCUUCUCUUACAUAUGCUGAAGCACAGAUGAGAAUUGAUUCAGCAGCUAUGAAUGAUGAUAUUACUACCAGCCUCCGUGGACUAAAUAAAUUAGCAAAAAUUCUGAAGAAGAAAAGAAUUGAUAAUGGAGCCUUGACACUUUCCUCACCAGAAGUUCGUUUCCACAUGGACAGUGAAACUCAUGAUCCUAUUGAUUUGCAGUCUAAGGAGCUCAAAGAAACAAAUUCCAUGGUUGAAGAGUUCAUGUUGCUUGCCAAUGUCUCUGUAGCACAAAAAAUUUACGAUGAGUUCCCAGAGUUUGCCUUGCUCAGGAAACAUCCUGCUCCUCCCCCAUCAAGUUAUGACAUCCUUGUGAAGGCUGCAAAGUCCAAGAAUUUGGAAAUUAAGACAGAUUCAGCAAAGGCUUUAGCGGAGUCGUUAGACAAAGCUGAAUCUCCAGAGUUCCCCUAUCUAAAUACACUGUUGAGAAUUUUGACCACUCGCUGCAUGAUGCAAGCUGUUUAUUUCUGCUCUGGAAUGGAUAAUGAUUUUCAUCACUAUGGUUUAGCCUCACCUAUUUAUACCCACUUUACCUCACCCAUUAGAAGGUAUGCUGACAUUAUAGUACAUCGACUUUUAGCAGUGGCCAUAGGAGCAGACAGUACUUACCCAGAACUCACAGAUAAACAUAAACUAGCAGAAAUCUGUAAAAAUCUCAAUUACCGACAUAAAAUGGCUCAAUAUGCACAAAGAGCCUCUGUUGCAUUCCACACGCAGCUGUUCUUCAAAAACAAAGGAGUAGUGAAUGAAGAUGCAUAUAUAUUAUUUGUAAGAAAAAAUGCGGUUGUGGUUCUGAUUCCCAAGUAUGGGUUAGAAGGAACAGUCUUCUUUGAAGAAAAAGAUAAACCAAAACCAAGACUGGAUUACAACAGUGAGGUACUGUCACUUACUGUGGAAGACACAACAUUACAUGUAUUUGAUAAAGUAAAAGUGAAUAUUAUGUUAGAUGCUUCCAACAUCCAACAUCAGAAGAUUCGGAUGGUAUUGGUAGAACCCAAGAUACUAGGAAGUGAUGUGCCUGCAAAUCUGUCUACAGAAAUAAGCAGCAAGAAUGAACCAGAGAAAAAGAAAAAGAAGCUCCAAAAAUAG